AUGGGUGAUUAUUCAACGCCAGAGAGCGUUCGAGCGCUCAGCAUUCCCGAUCCAGAACUAGUUAGCUUCCUCCAAGACAAUGCACCGGCGAAAAUUGAUUUCACUGCUGAUAGGCAUUUGUUGAGGGGUAAACGAAGUUUUGCGGAGAAAGAGAGAGCGGAUGCAACGCCAACCUAUGGCACUCAUGAAUUCACUAAGGCGCUCGAAAUGCGCGAUGGUUAUCAGAGUGAGGCCCGGUUUACACAGCCAGCCGAGAGUACACCUGCUGGUCGUCCUCUCAUUAUCUUGGUUUACGGCGGUGGUUGGUUGUUGGGUUCCAACUACCAAUUGAUCCCUUUCGCAAGGCCUUUAGCUCAUUUUUACAAAGCGACUGUGGUGACUGUCUCUUAUCGCUUGGGACCCGAGUACAAGUUUCCCAUUGCUACUCAAGACAUCUACGACAGCAUUAAAUGGCUUGCUCUGAAUGCGGCAUCAUUUGGUGCAAAUCCAGACACAGGCUUUAUAGUUGGUGGCGUCUCCGCAGGGGCUACGAUGACCGCGGUUGUGGCCCAAAUGCUUGCGGAAGAAAAGUUUUCGCCACCUUUGACCGGACAAUGGCUGAGCGUGCCGAAUUUGUUUUGCUCAGAGAAUGUGCCUGAAAGGUACCGGCAUCUGUGGCUUUCACGUCGCCAAAAUACCGAUGCGCCAGGGCUGACGACGAACGAUCUGGAGAUUCUUGACCGAAGCUAUGAGCCCGACCUUCUCUCUCCUGCUUGGUCUCCAGUCAACUCUGGGCCUCCGGCUAAGAGUCUUCCUCCAGCAUAUAUUCAGGUUGCUGGUUGCGAUCCUUUACGGGACGACGGCAUUAUCUGGGAAAGUAUGCUUAGGGAGAGUGGGAUUAAGACUAAGUUGGACGUGUAUCCAGGAGUGCCUCACGUUCAUUUUGCGUCUUAUCCCAACUUGAAACUGUCUCGAAAGUCUAAUCUAGACACCCUUGCAGGCAUUGGCUGGCUUCUGGGUGAAAUACUCGAAAGAGAAAAAAUCGAUGACGAAUUGAAAUCGGCACCAGGAGGUGGCUAG